AGCCGUUUUGGCUCGAGCUCCCUUGGCCGCUCCCCGCCCGCCCCAGAUCGAGACGCGCGCGCCCCGCGCAGUGCGCACCCGGGCGCCUCCCCGUGCGCCCCCUCGCAGCCACCUCCGCCGCGAUGUCGCGGCCCGACGCGCGCAUCGGCGUGGCGUUCGUGGGGCUCGGGCGGGCCGGUCACUUCCACAUGACCUCCAUCGCCGGCAUCCCCGAUCAGGCGCGGCUCGCGUGGGUCGUGGACGUGGACGGGGCCCGGGCCGAGGGCAUCGCCGCGCGGCUGGGCUGCAGGUGGGCCACAUCCCUGGCGCCCGCCCUGGCGGAUCCCGGCGUGCAGGCUGUGGUCGUGGCGUCGACAACGGACACCCAUUUCCCCUUCAUCAUGGAGUCGCUGAGCGCCAACAAGUCGGUGCUCACGGAGAAGCCCAUCUCCCACGAGCUGAAGGAAGUGGAGGAGGCGGUGCAGCUGGCGACGAGCAAAAAUUUGCCCCUGUACUGUGGCUACCAGAGGCGUUGCGGCACAAACUUCCGAAAGCUUAAGAAGCAUGUGGAAGAUGGCUCCGUAGGCGAUCUCAAGGUUGUUAAGUGUUGCAGCAGGGACAACCCUGUGCCGCCAAUGGAGUACUUGCGCACCAGCGGAGGCAUCUUCCACGACAUGCUGAUACACGAUUUCGAUAUGCUCAACUGGCUCAGUGGGGGUCAGGAGCCAGAGACCGUGAUGUCUGUGGGCCACGCCUACAACAAGGAGAUCGAAGAGAUGGGUGACAUCGACACUGUCGCCGUGACGCUAAAGUACCCGAGUGGCCUCAUUGCAAUGGUGGAUACGUGCCGCGACGCCUCGUACGGAUACGACCAACGCAUCGAGGCGUUUGGCGCCAAGGGCAUGUUGACUGCGAAGAACGCGCUCACCAGCACCGUGGAGCUGGCCACUGCAGAAGGCCACCUGAUGCCCUGUGCGCAGUGGAGCUUUCCUGAGCGCUACAAGGAGGCGUACACCACCGAACUCAAUGAAUUCAUCACGAUGGUGCGUGCAGGGGUCGACAGCGAACACCACCGCCUUGAGCAAGAGGCGAUGUCGCGUCACCCGAGCAUCGUGCGCACCACGAUUGCCGCCGAGCUGUCGUGGAAGCUCGGCCGGUCUGUCGACCUCAAGGACUUGGAUGGGCUGGUUCUCGAAAGCGAGGAAGGUCUCAAGUCUGACGCUGCCUGAUCAGUUCAGGGGGUUCGCGCUUUCGUGUCAGGCUACAGUGCCGUUUCUGCUGCGCUCUGCUCCGCAUCAGACCAGCGCAGAAAUUCGCCCCCUUCUGUUGAGCAGCAUUUGAAGUAGCCUUUUCAAUAUUAUCCCCGCUGGCCAGCUGGGUCUUGCUCGGUUUGCCUGCAAGCGACGAAGGCGCGAGAUUGUUUACAGCGUGCCCUACCUUUGACAUCAGAAGCCGUCGGGGGUGCUCGUGUGUGACCACCGCAGGACCUCUGAGCCAAGGCGAGGCGUCAUUCUCGCAGUGACUUCCCUCCUUUAGAUGCACUCUCAGGUCAUUCACAGCCGGCCAACAGGGCGCACUGGAAUUCAAGGCGAUCGUGGCCACUGGAGGGGGUCGCAGAGUUUUGACUAGCGCCCUGCAUAGCCCCCCACCAGCAAUCGGCCUGCUCGACGUGGCCGUGGCAGGACUUCAGUCUGGCUGUGUCAGGACCCUCGGGCCGCCAGAGGGCGCUUCUCGAGACAGCCGUGCACAGUAUAAAAGUGCCUCGCCCUGGGCCCUUCCACUCAUUCCUCCCUCCUCCCUUCUCCCUCCUACCCCGCCAUUUGGCCUCCGCCCAAUUCUAUUCUCUGCGUUGGACCCUGGGAGGGGU